UUUGCUUCGGGUCUCUUCAACAGUUCAGGAGGAAACUGAUAGUCGCGGUUUAAUUUCUUAGUUUAAAAAACAUAAGUCGCUGGAGACUGUGCGUGUGGCGCAUGCGUGACCCUCGGCGUAACCUCGGAGCUCUGAGUUUAGCGGGAUUUCCAAACGCAGCCGUCGCUGGCGAAGUGAGCGGAGAGCGCGCGCUGGGGGCGGGAUCGGACUAGACCGGAACCGGAGCUCGAGGGCCGUGGUCUAGCACUGAACACUCGGGACAAUGGCCAUGCAGAUGCAAUUUGAAGCUAGUACAGACACCUCAGUGGAAGAAGAGAACAUUGGCCCACAGCCCAUUUCACGACUGGAGCAAUGUGGCAUAAAUGCCAAUGACUUGAAGAAAUUGGAAGAAGCUGGAUACCACACAGUUGAGGCUGUUGCCUAUGCACCAAAGAAGGAACUAAUAAAUAUUAAAGGCAUUAGUGAAGCCAAAGCUGAUAAGAUCCUGGCUGAGGCGGCUAAAUUGGUCCCAAUGGGUUUCACCACUGCAACUGAAUUUCAUCAGCAGCGGUCAGAAAUGAUACAGAUCACUACUGGCUCCAAAGAGCUCGACAAACUCCUCCAAGGUGGGAUUGAGACUGGGUCCAUCACAGAGAUAUUUGGGGAAUUUCGAACUGGGAAGACGCAAAUUUGUCACACACUGGCUGUGACGUGCCAGCUCCCCAUAGACCGAGGUGGUGGUGAAGGAAAGGCCAUGUACAUUGAUACUGAGGGAACCUUCCGGCCAGAGCGAUUGCUGGCAGUGGCUGAAAGGUAUGGCCUGUCUGGCAGUGACGUCUUGGAUAAUGUGGCAUACGCUCGAGGCUUCAACACUGACCACCAAACUCAGCUCCUCUAUCAGGCCUCGGCGAUGAUGGUCGAGUCCAGGUACGCGUUGUUAAUCGUGGAUAGUGCUACAGCCCUCUAUCGGACGGAUUACUCUGGCCGAGGGGAGCUCUCAGCCAGACAGAUGCACUUAGCCAGGUUCCUUCGGAUGCUCCUGCGACUUGCUGAUGAGUUUGGUGUGGCAGUGGUCAUCACUAACCAGGUGGUAGCCCAAGUAGACGGGGCAGCCAUGUUUGCUGCAGAUCCCAAAAAGCCCAUUGGAGGGAACAUCAUUGCACAUGCCUCAACAACCAGGCUGUACCUGAGGAAAGGACGGGGAGAAACCAGAAUUUGCAAGAUCUAUGACUCUCCCUGCCUUCCUGAGGCUGAAGCCAUGUUUGCCAUUAACGCCGAUGGAGUGGGAGAUGCCAAAGACUGAGGCACUACUUUUAUUUCACUUAUAAAACUUGAGUGUUUCCUUUUGAAGAGGACUGUUCCCUGGGGUCCUUCCCAGGCCUUUUCCUGUUGUGACAGCCCCAGAAGAGACUUCCGUGAAAACAACCAUUGUAUUUGCCCAUCUCAAGGUGUAAACAGGAGACAGGUCAGCAGGCAAGAACCCUGAUCUGAAAUGUUGAUUCCUUCUGAGUUUACUGAUCUCUACAUGAUUUCUCUGGUCCUUGAGGGAGGGAGGUGAAGAGCAGUUCUUCCUCUGAUGAAAUGUCUUCAGAUGGGCAUAAGAUUUCCAUUUGUCUAGAGUAUCUUUUUUUACAUGUGGUCACAACUGGACUAUGAAGUUGAAAAAAUUGGGCUCUUCACACCCCUCCUCCCCCACCCCAUUUCCACUAUCUUUAAUGAUGGAAAUAAAAUGGCCCAGGGCUAUAAUACAAGAGUGUCAAAUAAUCCCCUACUCAUCCCAAACUUCUCACUGGGUCUUAUUUCUCUGAUAGUAAAAUUUGCCUCGAAGUUGUUAGGCAUCUGUGUUAGUGUUAGGAUUUUAUAUAUAAGUAUUUGUACCCAUUGAGGAGAGUCUUUUUCUUUUAAAGUAAAGGAGUCAGGGGCGGCUAGGUGGCGCAGUGUAUAAAGCACCGGCCCUGGAUUCAGGAAUUCCUGAGUUCAAAUCUAGCCUCAGACACUUAACAUUUACUAGCUGUGUGGCCCUGGGCAAGUCACUUAACCCCAUUGCCCUGUAAAAAAAUAAAUAAAUAAAAAAAUAAAGUAAAGGAGUCUUGAGGAAGAGGCCUGGAUUUAUAAGGCCCUUUGCUUGGUCCCAACUCAGCUCUUUCUAUACUGCUUGCAGUAAAAUUCUGGGGACUUGGGCAUUUCAGGAGCCUUUGCAAAAGGAUAUGAGUCCAAAACGGAAAUAAAUGUUGGAGAUCAGAUUUUUGAGGCCAUCUUAUGUUAAACAUCCUAUGUUGAGGCCUUAGCUAAACAUUGUAAGAUAAGUUUUUUCUGCCACCUUGCUGUUGAUGUUAUUUACUGCUUUGUUAAGUUCAGUGGGAUGGGCCAUAUAUUUAGGGUCUUGCUGUAAAAUAUAUAGAUGAUUGAAUCCUCUCAUUAGCAGCCAUGAGGGGAAUGGAAAAAGGGCAGAAUCUCCACCUUUAUUUAGUAAAUUGCUAGGGGUGGGUGGGUUAUGAGAAGAAUGGAACAUGAUCACAGAACAUAAGGCUUUUCACUGGGAUGGUAAGGAAGGCUUCCCCUUCCCCAACCCACAAAGCUUGUUCGCUACAGGUUCCAAUGCUAUUUUGGAACCACUUUCCUUCCAGCCAAAACAGAGCCCCUGUUUUUUAACCUUGAUUUUAAAAGACUUGCAAUAUGGGAGGGAAGGAUAUAUUAAAAAAUGAACGUGCCGUAAAAACAAAAUGCAUCAAUAAAAUAGCUCUGACAACUACUUGCCUGUAGUCCAGCCUGGACUUGUCAGGUGGAAUUCUAGAAAGUAAGCUGCCCAUUGUAUAAAUAUACCACUAGGCCAUCUCUUUACCUACAACAGGAUUAGUCAAUCACCUACAUGGAUCUUUUAGAAUUCAACUAAUACUCCUUGGUCAUGUACCUGAAAGGACUAUGGUCUAUAGGAAAAUGGUGCCAUCUAAGUCCAUUUCUCUCAGAAUUCAUAGGUACUUGAUGACAUCAGAAUCAGAACUGUUCACAAAAUUCCAGUCUUGGCUUUCCUUGGGCCAAGCCACUGGAGUAGGUUGGGUUGAGGGAAGCAGCUUGUCACCCUAGAGCUUUUUGUCUUUAACUCUUGCCCCAAAGCUUUUCCCAAUGUUUUUGGAACAUACCCACCCCCACCCCAAUACAGCUUCAGAGACUGGCCUGCCCUAGGUGUGACACCGGCUCCCUAAGGAAGUAAGGAAGAGCAUGGGUGGGUGGGGAGGUCAUCUCUACUUGAGUAUUUCUGUCCAUAGUGAUUUAUGGUUUUUACCUGAGCCGGUCCUCUCAGAUUCCAUUUUCUUGCUGACUGCCUUUGUUAAAUAGAUGAAACUCUAUCUUCCAAUCCCUUAACUGAAGAGCUUGGUUAGAUCUAGAUCCUUCAGUAUCCAGUGUCUGCCUUGCUGUUUUAAAUUUGCUAGAUGCUCACCUACAUUAUUUGUAAGAGGAUGUCCUCUGUAACUUCAGGGCUAAUGUCUUUACUGAUAGAACUUUUCAAACAAAAUAUUAAAAUAUU